CUUCCCUGGUGGCUCAGUGGUAAAGAAUCCUCCCACUAGUGCAGGAGACACAGGUUUGAUCCCUGGGUCGAGAAGAUCCCCUGGAGAAGGAAACGGCAACCCACUCCAGUAUUCUUGCCUGGAAAUCCCAUGGACAGAGGAGCCUGGUGGCCAUCGCAAGAGUUGGACACAACUUAGCAACUAAACCACCACCACCAUCACAGGCCAGAUGAGGAAACUGAAGCGCCAUCAAGUGAAGUGACUUGCCCACAGCCACUCAGCUGGAUCACUCUGGCUGCUGUGUUGAGAGACCAUUAGGGGCAAGGGCAGAAGCUGGGAGACUCAGAGAAGGCAGCUGCAGUCGUCUAGAUUUCCUGGGCGCGCCCCCUCUUCUCACUGCUCAUGCCACUAGGACUGGGGCGGCGGAAAAAGGCGCCACCUCUGGUGGAAAAUGAGGAGGCUGAGCCAGGCCGUGGUGGGCUGGGCGUGGGGGAGCCGGGGCCCCUGGGCGGAGGUGGGGCGGGGGGCCCCCAAAUGGGCUUGCCCCCCCCUCCCCCCGCCCUGCGUCCCCGCCUCGUGUUCCACACCCAGCUGGCCCAUGGCAGUCCCACUGGCCGCAUCGAGGGAUUCACCAACGUCAAGGAGCUGUAUGGCAAGAUUGCCGAGGCCUUCCGACUGCCAGCUGCCGAGGUGAUGUUCUGCACCCUCAACACCCACAAAGUGGACAUGGACAAGCUCCUGGGGGGGCAGAUCGGGCUGGAGGACUUCAUCUUUGCCCACAUCAAGGGGCAGCGCAAGGAAGUGGAGGUGUUCAAGUCGGAGGAGGCGUUGGGGCUUACCAUCACAGACAAUGGGGCUGGCUAUGCCUUCAUCAAGCGCAUUAAGGAGGGCAGUGUGAUUGACCACAUCCAGCUCAUCAGUGUGGGUGACAUGAUCGAGGCAAUCAACGGACAGAGCCUGCUGGGCUGCCGGCACUACGAGGUGGCCCGGCUGCUCAAGGAGCUACCCCGAGGCCGCACCUUCACACUGAAGCUCACAGAGCCUCGAAAAGCCUUUGACAUGAUCAGUGUGCGUUCAGGGGGUGGCCGCCCUGGCUCCGGUCCCCAGCUGGGUACCGGCCGAGGGACCCUCCGGCUCCGAUCCCGGGGUCCAGCCACAGUAGAGGAUCUGCCUUCAGCCUUUGAGGAGAAGGCCAUUGAGAAGGUGGAUGACCUGUUGGAGAGUUACAUGGGCAUCAGGGACACAGAGCUGGCGGCCACCAUGGUGGAGCUUGGAAAGGACAAAAGGAACCCGGACGAGCUGGCUGAGGCCCUGGAUGAACGGCUGGGUGACUUCGCCUUCCCGGAUGAGUUUGUCUUUGACGUCUGGGGGGCCAUCGGGGACGCCAAGGUUGGCCGCUACUAGGCCUUCCGCUGGACCUCGAGAUGACUUGGGCCAGGCCCGGUGGGAGCCUCUGGGGCGGAGACACCGUAGCCUGGACCCCAGUGUCUGGCUCUGGCCCAGCUCAGUAGCCUGGAGAUGAUGCAGAGCGGAGGUGGGGCUGGGCCUCUGCCCCUCCUCCAAUCGGUACCACCCCCUCGCCAGUUCCCAGCCUGGCUGGGGCGCCCAGCCCCCCGCCCCCGCCCUCCCCCCCACCUACCUCAGCCAGGGUCAGGCACAGCGGUGGAGAGGGACCAGCCAGAUUGGGUGGCCACCCCCACCUCCCUGCCCCCAAUACUUUCCGCCUCAGCUGCCAAACUGGUCCCUCCUAUCUCCCUGGGGCCUCGGGUUCUGUUUGGGGGUCGUGACCUCCCUAGUUUCCUGAUGCAGGGAAUGCAGGAGGGGGGUGUGUCCCCCCCCUCAGCAAAUGCAAUAAUGCCCUCCUCUUCCACCACCACCCCCCCAUCUCCCCAGAGGAGCCCCCUCACUGUGGAGUCUGUUACCUCCGCAUUUGAAACACUAGUCUGCUGUGAAACCCCCCCAAACUCCCUCCCUCCCCAGCCCCGCUCAUGUCUCCCUCAGCUCAGCCCCAGACCAAAGGGGCAGGAGGGAGGGAUGAUGGUGGUGGGCUUUUGUACCUGAAUUUGCUGUCUGGAACAUAAAGAAUCUAUCUGCUGUG